CUGGAACCAGCAUUGCUAGUCCACCGGAGGACACUUGACGGGCGCAAGGAUUGGACGGACGUUAUCAGCGCGAUGGGUUUUUGUGGGAGAUGUUGGGAAAGUCAUAUAUGGAUUUUCUUUAUCUUACUAUGGAUCUGUGUCGGUGCCUUCAAUUUAGAUACUCAACAUAUUCUGAGGAAGGAUGGGGAACCCGGUAGCCUUUUUGGAUUCUCUCUCGCCCUGCAUCGCCAGUUAGUACCUACGGACAAAAGAAUGCUGCUGGUUGGAGCUCCCAGGGCCAGGGCCUUGGCUCAGCAGAUGGCCAACAUCACUGGAGGCCUGUAUAGCUGUGACAUCACGUCCCAGUCACAUGACUGUGAGCGUGUUGAGUUCGAUAAUGAAGCCGACGUGAGCGUGGAGAACAAGGAGAACCAGUGGAUGGGUGUGACAGUGCAGAGUCAAGGACCAGGAGGCAAGAUUGUGACUUGUGCUCAUCGCUAUCAGAGGAGGCUUUUUGGGAACACGCGUCAAGAGUCGCGCGACAUCAUUGGUCGCUGCUUCGUCCUGAGUCAAGACCUGACCAUUGACCGUCUUUCAGAUGAGGACGGUGGGAACUGGAAGUUCUGUGAGGGCCGAGCGAGGGGCCAUGAGAGAUUCGGCUCUUGCCAGCAGGGUCUCUCCGCUACCUUUACCAAAGAUUAUCACUAUGUGGUCUUUGGAGCCCCAGGAGCCUAUAACUGGAAAGGCAUCGUGCGGGUGGAGCAGAAGAACAACACCCUGAUGGAAAUGGGCCUUUACGACGACGGGCCUUACGAGGUCGGGGAUGAGAACCGACUGGACCCGCUUCUUGUGCCAGUGCCUGCAAACAGUUACCUUGGGUUUUCGCUUGACUCUGGGCACAGUAUCACCAGAAAAGGAGAACUAACUAUUGUGUCUGGGGCUCCAAGAACUAACCACAGUGGGGCUGUGGUUCUGCUAAGAAAGGAAGGGGAAGUUUCCACCAUGCUCUCCCCAGAGUUCAUUCUAGAAGGCCCUGGGCUGGCAUCCUCCUUUGGAUAUGAUGUUGCCGUGGUCGACCUAAAUAAUGAUAAGUGGCAGGAUAUUGUUGUCGGAGCUCCACAGUUUUUCCUGAAAGACAGCGAAGUGGGAGGGGCUGUGUAUGUUUACAUCAACAAGGCUGGCAGGUGGAAUGACAUCACCCCAAUCCGUCUCAAUGGAACCAAAGACUCCAUGUUUGGCUUGGCUGUGGAAAACAUUGGAGACAUCAACCUGGACACCUUUCAAGACAUAGCUGUUGGAGCUCCCUAUGAUGAUGACGGGGCAGGAAAAGUGUAUAUUUACCAUGGCUCCGCUAAUGGAAUCAUCACCAAACCUGCACAGGUUCUCAAAGGGAGACAACACAAUAUUAAGUUAUUUGGAUACUCCCUAGCUGGAAACAUGGACCUUGAUAAAAAUUCGUAUCCUGAUAUUGCUGUCGGGUCCCUGUCAGACGCAGUGUUUGUUUAUAGGGCCAGGCCUGUCAUAAGUAUCAAAAAGGAUGUGACUGUAACACCAAAGAAGAUUGACCUGACAAAGAAAACCUGUGGGAACAGCAUAUGUCUCACAGUUGAAGCUUGCUUUUCCUACAAAGCCAACCCUUCAACAUACAGCCCUAGAAUCACUAUUUCCUACCUGUUUGAGGCUGAAUCGGAACGGCGCAAGCAGGGACUUAUGUCCAGAGUGACAUUCCUUAAAAAGGCAGACUCGGAUCAAGACUUCCAGUCCAGUGGAAAACUGGAACUCCAAAGACAGAACAAGAAGGCAUGCUUUCGAUCCGAACUUAGACUUCAGGACAACAUUAAGGAUAAAAUCAGGGCCAUUCCCAUCGAGGUGUCCGUGGCCAUCCAGAGCAGUAAGCGGGGCAAGAGGCAGAGCGCACUACCUCAGCUCAUCCCUGUGGUGAACUCGUCCGACUCAAGCAAGGUCCUCGCAGAGGUGCACUUCUUGAAGGAAGGAUGUGGAACUGACAACAUCUGCCAGAGCAACUUGGAGCUUCAGUACAGAUUCUGCUACCGCGAAGCUAAUCAGGAUGUGUUUCCACCUCUGUCUUUGCAAAAUGGUGUUCCACUGAUCUCCCUGAGUGAUCAGAAGGACAUCGCUCUGGAGCUGACGGUGACUAACAGGGGUGGGGACGACGCCUAUGAGGCCAAGCUGGUGGGGAUGUUCCCCAGCUCACUGUCCUACUCUGCCUUCCGCUCUCAGAAGACUGGGGAUAAGCAAGUAAUUUGUGCAGCAAAUCAAAAUGGCUCUCAAGCAGACUGUGAACUUGGCAAUCCACUCAAAAGAGAUGCAGAGCUGAAGUUCUACAUCAUAUUGAGCACAGCAGGCAUCUCUCUCAACACCACUGAAAUUGCUAUCAAUCUUCUCCUUGAAACAACCAGUCAGCAGGAGAGGCAGGUCAAAGUGGAGGCCAAGGCAAAAGUUGUGAUUGAGCUGAUGCUGUCUGUCCACGGGGUGCCCAAGACUCCCCAGGUGUACUUUGGCGGUGAUGUCAAGGGAGAGAGCGCCAUGACCUCUGUGGAGGACAUCGGCUCUUCGAUUGAAUACGAAUUCAGAAUUGCCAAUCGUGGGAGGCCUUUAAAGUCCUUUGGCACCGCUUCACUAAACAUCCAGUGGCCUAAAGAGAGUUCUGUGGGGAAGUGGCUUUUGUAUCUCGUGGAUAUUGAGACGGAGGGCUUGGAUCAGAUCACAUGCUCACCAAACGCAGAGGUUAACCCUCUUGGAUUUCCUAAGGAAUCAAAACCAUCCCGGCAGAAACGUGCGGUUGAGGAGCGGAAAACAAGGGAAGGAGGAGGGCUCAGUUCUCUGUUUGCUGAAAAAAGGAAAUACAAAACACUGACCUGCAAUAAUGGAGUGAAAUGUGUGGAGAUCAAGUGCCCCCUGCAGGGCUUAGAUAAUACUGCAGUCAUUCGGCUGAGGUCUCGCCUCUGGAACUCCACAUUCCUUGAGGAGUAUACUACCCUCAGUUAUCUUGAUUUGAUAUUCAAAGCAUCACUCAGCCUUGAUGUAUCCACACAGAAUAUUAUCCUGAGAGAUGCAGAAACUGAGAUGAAAAUCACGGUGUUCCCAGAGAAGACAGUGGCCCUCUACAGUGGAGUCCCCUGGUGGAUUAUCCUGGUGGCAGUGCUUGCAGGCAUUUUAAUGCUGGCUCUCCUGGUGUUCUUGCUGUGGAAGUGUGGGUUCUUCAAGAGAGCUAAAAAAGACCAGUUUGAUGCGGCGUAUCAGAAGGCUGAGAUCCAUGUCCAGCCGUCUGAUAAAGAGAAAGUCACAACUGAGGCUUAGUACCUCAACUCAUGGUGUGGAUUUUUCAAGCAUGCCAAAUAUGAGGACACCGUGCCUAGAUACCAUGCUGUGCGUAUACGGAAAGCUCCGAAACAGUUUAAGGAUGGAAAGAUUCAACUAAGUCCGUUUGAGAAAAAGCAAUGGAUGACAACAUGGACUGACGAUGAGAGUUACUCUUAAAACACAAUGUCAACAUCCAUGGUGCUGACUACUCUUGUAAGAAGAUCUGGAGUUACAAUUUCAAUGGCCCAGGGAACUCAUCUUCAAUGUUUUUUCUUUUGCACACUUGAAACUGAUGUUUUUAAAUGUCUUACCAUUUGUUUAUCAUUAAUAUACAUUGAUACAGUGCAAGAAUUCCAGGGAAAAGAAUAAACUGACACUUGGGAUUUCCACCUGGAUACUCAGAGUUGACAGAAAGAGGAGAAACACAAUGUCUCAAGAUGACCAAAGUAGACAGUUUCUUUGAGGCAACAGACCUUAUCAAAUGUACAUCUUUUUUGUAAUGGCAUAUCAGUCAUCAUUAAUCUGCUUCAGCCAGUUCACAAAAAUGACCAGAAAAUUGUUUUGUAUAUAUUUAUUUUUAGUACACUGUGUAUAUUUAUUUUUUCAUGACCUGUAAAUUCAUUUAUGUGCCAAAGAAUUUGUCUUUUUUUUUCAUUUUAUAAUUACAUUUUUGAGGAAGCAUGAGAGACUGGCACCUCUUGCAGCAUGUGUUUAUGUUGCUGCCAGGUACAACACAAAGCAUCAAACCUCUUUAAACACAAAAUGAUCUUGUGAUGUGAGCUUGGUCCCUAUGACCUAUGGAGACUUUGCACUUGUGUGACAUACCAAGUCAGUUAGGCUUGUCAAAAAACCCUUGCUUGUAAACUCAAAGGGCUGGUUUUUUAUGAUUGGAUUAAGCCUAGUUUUAGACUAAAAGAGAACAAUGAAUAUUUUCAUUGAAGAAAAAAAACCUAUAGUCUUGAACUAUGUAAUCAUUCACGACAAAGUGGACCAAAAAGUAGUAGAUUAUCAUACAAGCCAUGUAGUUUUUACACUGUUUCGACCAGAUUUAAGAUGUUCUAGUAUUGCUUGGACUAUUGCAAUAUUGCAUUUUUAUUUCCCCUUUCAAAAGUGACAAUUGUUGAACUGUGAAGGUAGGAUAGUGUCUGUAGUAUAGAUUAUUGGGCCAACAGCUAGAGAGAUCUGCUAUGAUUCAUCAGGUACAAUGUAGGAUAUGUUUACAGACUCUCUUACAUAAUUGUGUAACUACUGUGUCCAUGAUGAUAUGAUCAAUUUCAUGGUAAAGGAUUCAAUAUGAAUUUCAGUCUGUUUAUAACUUAACAAAGGGACAUUUUUAACAUUCUAUUUUAGAAUCCUGCAAGUGAAAAUAAUUAAAUAAGUUAAGUAAAUAAGAAGCAAGCGCACACACUAGUUACACUUUAUCUUGAUGUAUUUCUGGUUUUCUAGUUUGAGGAAUGAGGAAUGCAAGUAGGCUCAGAUGGAGGAAUAUGGUUUGGGUAAGGUGCUAUUAUGAUUAGGUUUGGAGGGGUUCAUGAACUGAGGUUUAGUCUGGUUAUGGCAAAGUUUAGCUGACAGUUGAGAGUUACAUGACAGAUACUGGAUAGAUUAAAGAUGGUGUACAAACUGCAGACUGUCUUUCAUAUGCUGUCCAAAUAAAUUGUUAUUUUGUGUUUUUGUAAAUGUCAUCACUGGUAUAUUUAGUCUUGUCCUGCAAAAUGUAUGGCGCUCUCAAAGGGCUACACUGAAAUUAAGUCUCUUAAAAAUUAAAAAUCUCUAAAAUGUC